AAUUUGUUAUCCAGCCAUCGAUCGCCACGAACGACCAAAAAUAAUUGCCAAACUCAGCUUAAUCGAAUUUCCCGCCCAAAAACGCGCAAAACCUAACCACGAACCCGACGAAAUCGCAAACGAAACAGAAGAAAUUAAAAAAUUACAGCUGCCGCCCCGCCACCUAGCGUUGACUAGUUUAAAGUGCUACGGCAUUGUUUUGAAAGCUUAGUCGCGGAGAAAUGACUAAAAGUGGCACCUUUGUGUGUGAAUUUGUGUCUGUGUGUGUCGACAAAGGAAAGUUUUUAGCUAAAAGUGAAAUUUAAAUCGUCUAGGUCUAGCUGGUGCACGUUUGUAAUUAAUUAACAAUACCCGUGACUUGUGGAGGCACUCGCUGUAGACGCGCAGAACACAAUGCCAGGCGUGGUGACGCCAUCUUGAGCCCUCGAAACACAAUGCUCGAUCCGGAACUGUACGGUGGCAGCGGAGUGGACCAUCACCACUUCAAGAACCACCACCACCGGCACUACCACGGCGGGAUCGCCGUCGGCGGAGGUCACCACCACCACCGGCACACCCCGAGUGCCUCCUCGUCCGGAGAUCGCAAGUCCUCGUCGCGAUCCUCGCCCCGGUCACACUUUCACCAGCACGGCGAAGGCGAGAAGCUCCGUUACCAGAAUGCGUUCAGCUCGGGGGGUUCGGGAGCGUCCGGCGAGGGUUACUUCCGGUACUACCCGCACCAGCACAGCAGCUACUACGACCUCAGUGAAAAGCUGGACAGUCUGAACCUCAAGUCGGAAGGAGAGGGUGGUGAGCGGCGAAGAAACGACAGCAACAACAACCACAAUCACGGGCACAGUCACGGGCAUAACCACAGCCGGAGUGCGGAGAGGAGUAGCGUUAGUGUGAGCGUUAGCAACGGGAGUAGUGAGCACGGUGGGGGAGGAGGGAGUAGUAGAACUAGUGACGGAAGUGGUAGCAAGAAGAAGACGACGGUGGUGUACGUGGGGGAUGGGAGGAGCCGGGUGAGGAGGGUGGUGAGAACCCAGACCCGGCAUAUUACGGUGGUGAGCUACUCGGGCCGGAAGCGGGAGUCGGAGACGCACACGCAGCAUCAUGCGACGGUGUUGAGUUUUCCACAAAAGAUCGAUCGUCCAUCCCAGAUUUACUCGACACACCAUCAUCAUCCCGGUAGUGGUAGUGGUAUCCUGUCGGCCAGUGGUGCCAGCACCAGCAGCAAUGCCAGCAGUAGCCUCUGCGGAGGAUCAGCGGCGGCGGCCGUUGUUGCCAACAACGGUACCGGAGGGUACGUGUACCUGCCCCAGACGACGACCCAGCAGCACUAUGUGCAGCCCCAGCAGCUGGCGUACCAUCAUCACCACCAGCCCAACAGUUACCACCACAGCCAGCUCGGUGGCGGCCACCAGACGGCCAUGGCCACUCCGACGCUGCAAAAGGGCUCGAUCCGGAGUAAUGGCGAAGUGCUCAAGCGGACCCGCGGUCAGAAUGCGUAUGAGCUAUCGCAGGAUCUGUUGGACAAGCAGAUCGAACUGUUGGAGCGCAAGUACGGCGGUGUCAAGGCACGCCACGCCGCCCUCACAAUCCAGCGCGCGUUCCGGCACUACACGAUGGUGAAGAAGUUCGCGUCGAUCACGGCGAUGGCCAAGGCGGAGAAGCGCAUGAGCAGGCGGGUUCAGCACCAGCAGCACCAGGCCGAGCUGGAGAUGAUGCAGCAGCAGCAGCAGCAAGGCCAUCUAGCGGAGGAAGGACAACUGUACGAGGACGGUAGCCUGGUGGGAGGAGCGGGAGGCGUUGGCGGCGGUCAGCGUGUUUGUGCCACAAUCUCCGCCACCCCGCCGGGAACGCUGCACCACCGGGUCACUCCGGUCCGGUCAAUGUCCCUGCGCGAGCGUCGUCUCGACUCAAGCCCGAUUCCGCGCAGCCAGUCCGGAAAUGCCAGCCCUGCCCCACCCGCCACCGCCUCCGCCAACAGUUCAUGGACGCAGGGCCAGAUGUGCACGACGGUUCCCUCGUCCGGUGGCGGCCAACAGCAGCAGCAGCCGUACUCACAUCCCCAUGUAAAUAUUCUGCACCAGCAGCAGCAGCAACAGGCACAAGCUUACUACGCCGCCGCGGGUGGCCAGGGCCAGAUUCUGCCGUCUACGUACCAAAGCAGCCAAUACGGAUCGCAGGAUCUGAACGUGAGCGGCGGCAGUUCCGUCCUGGAUUCGACCAUUUCGUCGAUGAAUCUGUCGUGGAAUUCGACCGGCGGACAACCGAUCGUGGCCACCGCCGGCGGUUUGCCACACGGGCACUGUCCGUACACGCCGCACUACACGGCGGCGCAGAUUUACAUGCGUCCACGUGGCAUCGGAAUUGGCAGCUCCGGCGGAAGUUCCGGUUCUGCGGCGAGCAGUUGUAGCGCGAGCCGCAAAGUGCCACCGGAAGUACCAAAGAGGACGUCCAGCAUAACGUCCGCCCAGCACACGCCAAACCGCUCGUUGAGGCCAAACGGGUUGUGUAAAACGGCGGAGAACGGUUCGCUCAGUUCGGUUCAAUCUUCCGGCAGCGAUUCGUCGGCAUCGGCGGAGCGAAUGCAGGGCGUGGAGAUCGGUUCCGAUCGGUCCAGUUCGCCCCAGUGGAAGCGAAAGGGACCGGGCAGCAGCAGUGGAAGCGCCAGCGGAAUUCAAAUCAACGCCCAAAGUCCGGACCAUCUGAUUGGGGCCACGGUCACGGCGGGUGUCGUCGGAUCCGGAGGAAGUGCCAACGUCACCAUCAGCAGCAUCGAGAACGAAUGUCUCAGCUCGCACACUAGCGCCGCCCAGUACUCGAUGGAGCAGCACGACCAAAUUGUCCACACGCCCACCAGCUAUAAAGUCUCGGAGACGAUCCGGAAGCGACAGUACCGCGUGGGCCUAAAUCUCUUCAACAAAAAGCCCGAACGCGGCAUCACCUACCUGAUCCGGAAGGGCUUCCUCGAAAACACCCCCCAGGGCGUGGCCCGGUUCCUCAUCUCGCGCAAGGGCCUCUCCCGGCAGAUGAUCGGCGAGUACCUCGGCAACCUGCAGAACCCCUUCAACAUGGCCGUCCUCGACUGCUUCGCCGGCGAGCUGGAUCUCUCCGGCAUGCAGGUGGACGUGGCCCUGCGCAAGUUCCAAGGCUACUUCCGGAUGCCGGGCGAGGCGCAGAAAAUCGAACGCCUCAUGGAGGUCUUCUCGACGCGCUACUGCCAGUGCAACAGCGACAUCGUGGCCCGGCUUCGCUCCCACGACACCGUCUUCGUGCUCGCCUUCGCCAUCAUCAUGCUCAACACGGACCUGCACACGCCGAACCUGAAACCCGAACGUCGGAUGCGGGCCGACGACUUCAUCAAGAACCUGCGCGGAAUCGACGACUGCGGCGACAUCGAUCGAGACAUGCUGACCGGAAUCUACGAGCGCGUCAAGGCGAACGAGUUCAAGCCCGGCUCCGAUCACGUGACGCAGGUCAUGAAGGUCCAGGCGACGAUCGUGGGCAAGAAGCCGAACCUGGCGCUGCCCCACCGUCGACUGGUGUGCUACUGUCGGUUGUACGAGAUUCCGGACAUAAACAAGAAGGAGCGGCCGGGCGUGCACCAGCGCGAGGUGUUCCUGUUCAACGAUCUGCUCGUGAUAACCAAGAUCUUCAGCAAGAAGAAGAGCUCCGUCACGUACACGUUCCGGAAUAGCUACCCGCUGUGCGGAAUGGUCGUCACGCUGCUCGAUGUUCCAAACUACCCGUACUGCAUCCGGCUCUCGCAGAAAGUCGACGGCAAGGUGCUGGUCACGUUCAACGCGCGCAACGAGCACGACCGCUGCAAGUUCGCCGAGGACCUGCGCGAAUCCAUCAGCGAGAUGGACGAGAUGGAAACGCUGCGCAUCGAGGCCGAACUCGAGCGGCAAAAGUCGGCGCGGGGUGGCCAACGCAGCACCAACAGCGAAAACCGCGACAGCGGCGUCGCGGACGUCGAGGUCGGCCAGUUCCAUCCCAGUGCCGGCGGUGGCGGACUCCAAGGUAGCGGUUCGGUCGGCGUCGGAGGCGUCGGCGGCGGAGUUUCGCCCAGCGACUGCGGAAUUGCACACACACAUAGCGAAGCACAGUUGAAGCGAAGCGCGCUUAGCAAUUCACUCUUAGAUAUGCACGAACAAUUCGGCAAUGAGAAGCCCCAACGACGCGGUAGUGUUGGCUCGCUCGACAGUGGAAUGUCGAUCUCAUUUCAAUCCACCUCCGCGAGCACCGGCUCCCGUAGCGACAUCAAGGUGAACCGGAUGCUCUCGCACAGCAACACUUCCGGCCAGAUCAUCAUGCAUGCCGGCCAGCAUCCCACCGCCCUGAUGGGCGCCAUCUAUCACCAGCAAAUCCUGCAACAGCAGCAUCCGCAUCCGCAGCCACCGCCGACGCAGCCAGGCGUGAUGACGACGCAACCACCCCAACAGAACGUGGUGGUGACGCAGCCACCGCAGCAGCUCGCAACCGGAGCGAUACGGCGCGAGCGGAAACUGUCGCGACCGGAGGAGGGCGCCACCAUGGCGGCUGCGUCCGCUUCCGGCAGUGGCGCCAACUUUGGGCGCUCCACCGAAGUUUAAAAUGUAAAUAUAGCAGAGACACAAACCAAAAUUGUUUAGUCCUGUUUCAGUAGGUGUUUUCGCUCCCACCCCGAAAUAUCCAGCGUUUCUGUCGAGGUUAAGUCGCGCAAAAAAA